AAUUAUUUGUUUACGCCGACACAAACCGGUAUUAAUUGGAUCGACGACGCCUGAAAACCCUUCUGCGCGCUGUGUUGCUGAUCUGGUCGAUUUCUAGGGUUUGCGGAUUCAGAUUCGCGAGUCUCGUGGAAGCGGAGAUGUCCGCCUUGAAUUCCCUCUUCAAUCGAGCCCCCUUCGGGACGAGAUGCAAGACGUGCUUGAAUCUGGCUAUAUCACGGAUCAAAUUGCUCCGCAAUAAGAGAGAAUUGCAGCUUAAACAAAUGCGCAAGGAGAUCUCUCAAUAUAUUCAGACAGGCCAGGAAGCUAUUGCUCGAAUCAGAGUGGAGUAUAUCAUCCGUGAACAAAAUAUUCUGGCUGCCUAUGAGAUCAUAGAGUUAUUCUGUGAAUUUGUUCUUGCACGUGUCCCAGUCCUCGAAAGCCAGAGGGAUUGCCCAUUAGAAUUGCAGGAGGCCAUUUCCAGUAUCAUCUUUGCUUCUCCAAGGUGUUCUGAUUUACCAGAGUUACUCCAUAUUAGAAACUUAUUUUCAACAAAAUAUGGUAAGGAGUUUGUUGCAGCAGCAUCUGAGUUGCGGCCAGAGAGCAAUGUCAAUCGCAUGAUUAUCGAGAAACUUACAGCGAGAGCUCCACCGGCAGAGUUAAAGAUUAAGGUUUUAAAAGCAAUUGCCCAAGAGUACAAUCUGGUGUGGGAUUCAUCAAGCACUGAAGCAGAACUUAGUAAAAACCAUGAGGACUUGCUGGAUGGUUUAAAUCCUACAAAUUCACAGGCAACUGUAAUUGCAAGCUCCACUGGUACUUCACAAAAGGAUGGACUACCUGUAUCACCUGUUAGAGAGAAUCGAACGGAACAAUUGCCUCAGACUUCUAUCCCUUCAGUUAAUAACCUUUCCUCCCUUGCAAGCAAAAUCUCUGUAUCGGAUGAUGGCAAAGCAGAUGCAGUAAGAAGUGAAACUGAAGUACUGUCAAUUGACAAGACAUCAUGUUCAAGUCAAAGUUCGUCAGACGUCUUGGAGAAAGCCCGAGCUGCCAUUGCGUCUGCCGAGCGCGCAUCUGCUGCUGCGCACGCUGCAGCUGAGCUUGUAAAGGUCAAAUUGCCUCGCCAAUCAAAUAAUUAUAGCUAACGAAAUAAGCUAACUAACAGAAGUUUAUGUUGUCUAUUUACGAUUUCUUUGUCUGUGUGUAGAUAGGAGUGUGGAUCUCUAGAUAAGAUCCUGUUAAGAUUGGGAGGUAAUGUUGUUAUCGAGAGUUUUCCUAACAAUUAUGCACAUGCUUUGGUCGUCAAUUAUGUAACAAAUCAGAGAAUACACUGUCAACUAAUUUAUCAUUCGAUAUAUAAUCAUCAUGUGGAGUCUA